AUGCCGGAUUGCUGCCGCAAUCCAUGGAGGAUAUACUUGCGAUUCAGCAAUGGCUGCGGCCUACCAAUUAUGCAUCAGAGUCCAGCGAGUACAAUAAACACUUACAGUCGUAUAUUGCUGGUACCGGAGAAUGGAUACAACAGUCUAAACAUUAUCAGCAAUGGCUACACUCCCCAGACCGCGGAGCUUUAUGAAUUAAAGGUACUGCUGGUGCUGCUUGUUGAUCGGGAUAUUGCCGUAUACGUUAGUAGACGACUAGAUGCCGCCAAUUUCACAAGAGAGUCAAGAGAGGCAAUCGAGGAGACCCUGACUACAAGAUCGCAGGGAUUGUUUCUCUAUGCUCGUCUCAUGCUCGAUCAGCUUCUAGAAUCAGGUGUCACUGAUUUCUCGACUAGCGACUGCGCCCUGCAAGACUUGCCUAGUGGGUUGGGUGAUAUGUACGAUCAAAUGCUCCGCGACCACUCCAUCCGUUCAGGCACACCACAAGAACUCCAACUUCUCAUAUUGAAGUUUGUUAUCCACUCCUCACGACUCCUGCGCCUGCUUGAGCUAUCCACCGCUAUAGACUUUGUUAAAACAUCAGCGGAGUUUGAUCACCCUAUGCAAAAUACUCUGUUGGCUAGCGAUACAAGGGCUCUUGUUCGAGCUGCCUGCGGACCUUUACUUGAGAUCCUUGAGGACGAGACCGUAUCUAUCAUCCACCAUUCGCUUACCGAAUUCCUGAUCGACCCCGAGAGAAACAAAACUGGUUCGAAGAGCGAUCAAUUCACAUCUGUCGGUCUCUGCAAUGCCCAUCUGGAAAUGGCAAAAGGUUGCAUAAACUAUUUGCGUUCCGGCGUUUUGACCGGAGCCUUCAGCUACUCUGUGAAAAAUGAAGAACGCAUGAAUCAUCCAUUCCUCGACUAUGCGGUCAGCUUUUGGCAUUAUCACGUUGUCAAUUGCGGGAAAGCUGCAAAUGAACUUUCUCCUUUAUUAGAAAAGUUGAUGGAACCCAGCUCAGAGCCGUAUUCACGCUUGGUGGAUCUCAUGGAUUCCAGAAGUUCGCCUCACUGUUAUCCACCUAGCAAAUUUCCACCUCUCCACUUCGCGGCCUCGACAGGACUAACUUUAUACGUCCUGCAUCUUCUCCAGCGUGAUCAAAACAUAAAUUCUCUCGAUAACGAAUCCCGCACACCACUUCACCGCGCUUCUCAACAUGGCCAUAAAGAUGUCGUUGAAGCUUUACUGAAACACGGUGCUGCAAACAAUAUGGACGAUGAAACAGGGUUAACACCUCUACAUCUUGCUACGUCGAGAAAUCAUGCAAAUAUUGUUAGACUUUUGCUUGGAUAUGGAGUUGAUCCUAUGACGCCCAAGACUCGCGAGACCCCAAGAAUGAGUUGCGUUGAGGAGGUCGAGGAGGUGCCAACAGUCGGGUUAACGCCGGUCCAGUAUUCUUGUCAAUUUGGGCAUACCAAAUCCGUCGUGGAGUUUCUUCCUCUACUUGACUCCGACAAUCUCAGUAAGGCACUCUGCUGGGCCGCGGGCUGUGGUAAAACUGAAACUGUUCUUGCUAUUCUAAAGAACCCAAAUGUGGAUAUCAACAAAACCCUACAGGAAUCCCUUUUCAAGGGUAUAGAUAUGCUUCUAGAUGCCGGAUGCGACAUCAAUGAGUACGGUACAGAUUCAACUCCCUUCCACGAGGCUCUUCGCUGUAUAGCGGAUAGCCCUGAUCCCAUGGUCGGCCCCGAAGUCCUUCAAUUUAUUUUGGAAAAAGGUGCAGAUCCCUCUAUGCUCACAAAAUGCGGCUCUACUGCGCUCCAUCUACUUUUUGGGCAUUCAAGAGCCGUGGCUAAACUGCUCAUUGCCCAAGGUUUGGAUAUGGAUGCACUUGAGGGUGGCCGUACGGCCCUCGUCCGUACCACAAAGCCAAAUUACACGGACCGCCACCAUGAUGAAGCAUCGCUUGCCUUUAUCGAACAUGGCGCAAAAUGCAAUGCACAGGAUCCUGAUGGAACCACUCUACUACAUCCGGCACUUCAACUCUACCCUUUUCAUCUAUUGAGAUAUUGGGCUAGAAGUCGCGAUAUAUUGUGGCUGUUAAUCACCGCAGGUGCCGACCUAGAGAGCAAGACUAACACGAGCUUAACGGUUCUGCUCAAGGGAGUAACGUGUGGAUAUGCUGUCGACGACAUUCAACAUCUAAUCCACGCCGGAGCACGCAUUAACGCCCAAGAUCCUGAUGGCAGGACGGUUUUUCACUGUUGUUUCGAGAAUGGCAAGUGUGCCUCGAUAGAGGUAGUACGGGCUUUGGUAGCAUUGGGCGCAGACCCUACCCUAACAGACUUUUCUGGCAACACAUUAUUUCAUCAUCUUGCCCGGCUGCGAUCGGUGCCAUAUCGCCUAGAAACGCUACUAGAGCUGGGGGUUUCUCCAUCAAGGCGAAACAACGCUGGUCAAACCCCUUUUCAUAUUGCUGAGGCAACGAAGGGAGGUGGCACAGGAUUGGAUAGUACUCACGAGGGAGACGUUUACGCAUUCCUCCUUAGCCACAAAUGCAACCUCGACAUCAAGGCAGCCGACAACAGAGGUAUCCAACCCAUUCAUAUAGCCACCCGUCUUUCCCAAUAUCAGGUUCAAGAUCUGUUAGACUAUGGUGCGGACCCGACUGCCUUGGCUCUUGAUGGCUAG